AUGCCUCCAAAGCUCAGAUACGUUCGCAUGCCCAAAGAUGACCUUGCCUGGCAGAAGAAUGACGAAGAAGCCGAAACUUGGGAGAAGUCACUGAACAAGGCGGAUGUAUACCGUACGAUUGCCGACAUCAUCAAGAAUAUAAGGGUGGGAUCCGACGCUCCACCCGACGAGGAUGGCGUACGAGCUCCCGACAUCAGCGAGCAAAAACUGGAGUUUCUGUAUGGUCAGAUGGCGAACAUCAUGCUCCAACUGUCUGCUCUUGCAUUUCCUCGAAUCGGCCCCUUGGUUCAGGAAGCGGAUGGACGCUUCACUGUGUCGGGCAGGCCUCUCAUCCAGAACAUGAACUCUCUCGUAGAGUUCACCGGCAUUCCUGCAACACUGGUACCUUCCCAACCAUACUCCUCUGCCAAUGAAUGGUACUCUGCCUUGGCCGAUAUGCAUUUCGCACAGCUCACCUUUCAGCGCAACGAUGCCGUUCUUGACGAGGAAGAUACGCGGGAUAAGUACGUGGCUCGCCAACUGUUUCGGCGGCUGGCGUCCAAAGGGGCAACUUUCGUCUGGGUUUGA